AUGACUUCCUCAAACUCCAACCAGCGUUUAGACCAUCUCCUCAGUGCCGUCGAGAGCGAGUUUCAGAAGGGCAGCGAGAAAGGAGAUGCUUCGGAGCGGGAUAUUAAACUCGGACUAGAAGAUGCGGAGUUGUGGUCCAAGUUUAAGGAGCUCACCAACGAAAUGAUCGUUACGAAGACUGGCAGGCGCAUGUUCCCAGUGCUCAGAGCAAACGUGUCAGGGCUGGACCCAAACGCCAUGUACUCAGUCCUUUUGGACUUUGUGGCGGCGGAUAACAAUCGCUGGAAAUACGUCAACGGCGAAUGGGUUCCAGGCGGCAAGCCCGAACCACAGAGUCCCAGUUGCGUCUAUAUCCACCCGGACUCGCCUAAUUUUGGGGCACACUGGAUGAAGGCGCCUGUCUCCUUCAGCAAAGUGAAACUAUCCAAUAAACUCAACGGGGGUGGACAGAUUAUGCUGAACUCCCUGCAUAAGUAUGAGCCUCGGAUUCACAUCGUGAAAGUCGGCGGGGUACAGAAGAUGCUCAGCAGCCAGUCCUUCCCUGAGACUCAGUUCAUUGCUGUCACCGCGUACCAGAAUGAGGAGAUCACCGCUCUGAAGAUCAAGCACAACCCAUUCGCAAAGGCCUUUCUGGACGCAAAAGAGAGGAGUGACCAUAAGGAUGUUCCAGAGCUCAGCGGGGACAAUCAGCAGUCUGGAUACUCACAGUUAAGCGGGUGGUUUCUGCCCGGCAAUGGCUCCAUCUGCCCCAGCAGCAGCCCCCCCCAGUUCAGCGGGGGCGCGGGGCUCUCCUCGGGUUCGCACUGUGACCGAUACUCCAGUCUGAGGACCCACCGAGCGGCACCCUACCCCAGCCACUACACCCACCGCUCCUCUGGCACAAAUAACUACAUGGACGGUCCUUCAAGCGGCGUCGCCCCUCACGACAGCUGGUCCGCCCUCCAGAUCCCGAGCUCCAGCGGAAUGGCCUCUCUCGCUCACACCACCAACACCACGCCCAGCCCUAGCCAGUACCACAGCUUGUGGUCCGUCACCGGGACCUCCCUGGCCCCUUCAGGGUCUCCUCCCGGCUCCAUCGCGGGUGGCCUGACGUCUCAGCUCCUCAGGGGCUCCUCCGUCUCCUACUCCUCUCUCACCUCCCUGCCCGCCUCCUCGCCCUCGUCCAUGUAUGACACAGGCCUGACAGAAGUCGGCGGCAGCGACGCCCAGUUCGAGAGCUCCAUCGCCCGGCUCACGGCUUCCUGGACCCCCGUGGCCCAGAGUUACUGA